AUGUGGUGGGUGGUGCUAAUUGCGUUGCCCACGUUAGUGACAGCUUUGGUGUACCGCUGUGAGAACGACGAGGUACUGAUCGUGCAGAGCUUCGGCAAUGACACCAUUCGAAUGCAUUGCCAGCGACUCGACAUGUGUGGAUAUCAGAAUUUGCGUUGCGACUAUGACGAUUUCCAACCACAAUGUGGAGGACUGAUGAACUUCGUGGCACAUGUCGUUCAAUCCACACCCACCUCGCCGUCAGUUUUCAUAUCAUUUUCAUUGCGCUUCAUUUCGAUCCUUACUGAGAUAUGGGAUCUGCACAGAGCUGUGUUGAACAGGGGAAUCAUCAUCAGCGAGGAUUUUGUUCACGCUUUCCCAAAUGAGUGUGUGAUGCUGUUUCAAAGCGUUGAGCAUACGUGCUGUAAUCUGUUCAAUCCUCGAUUGCCACAUACAAUUCCGACACAUGUCGGAAAUGACUGCUUCAUCUACGAGCUACCAGAUGGAUCAUCUCAUACUGAGCAUGCCACCGUCAACGACCAUCCACCAUUAACUGUACUCAAGAAUGCAGCAGAAAUUCCUGAACACAUCGAAGGUGUGUCUGGAUAUCGCCUACGCCUAUAUCUUUUGAAAAACAAAUCUCCUCCUACGUUGCUCGUCAAGGGAAUCGAACGUCGGCUGAAGGACCAAUUGAGUGGCAAGCGGUCAGUUGGACGAGUUGGACUAGCUCUUCCUGGUCACGGCGUUCCUAAUAUUCACGUCCAUGUGAAUGCUAGUGGAAACAACAACAACGUUAUUAGUGGAAACAAUGGAAGAGAAAAUACAGUUCCUGGGCAUAUCAACAUCACCAUUCACACAGGAGAGGGCAAACAAUCAAUUGGAAAUGUAGCAAACGGUUCUCCGAAACAGAAUCGCAACUAUGAGCGUGAUUCAGCUGGUGGAGACAGGGAAGGCGAGGACGAACAUAAACAGAAAAGAGGUCGAGAAGGAAAAAGAGGAAAAACAAACAAUAGAAAGAACAAAGACGGUGGUCCAAUCAAUGGCAACGACGUUAAUAAUGCCGACGAUUCUCGAAACGCUGAUGGAGAUAACGAUAGAGAUCGAGGGGGCCAUGGCCGCAAAGGAAGCGGAGGUAUGAGGGGAAAAAACGAAAGAGAACGAAACGGAAAGAAGAGCAGUAAAGUAGGCGAAAAUAUCGGCGAAAGUAAAGCGGGUGCUGGAAAUGGUGAUGAAAAUCGUAUUGAAUUAAAUGGGAAUGAAGGAGAUCAAACAGUUGGAAAAAAAAGUGUAAUUGGUGCUCACAAUGGAAGCGAAGAAAUAGCGAAAACAAAGAAAGGAGAGAGGAAAGGAGAGCAGAGCAGUAAAAAUGGAAAAAAUAUCGGCAAAAGUGAAGCAGGUACUCGAGAUGGUGAUGGGAGCAAUAGUGGAUCGGAUGGUAAUGGAAGGAGUGCAGCAGUUGGAAAGAAAGGGCAGGUAAGGCGAAAAGAAAGUGGAGAAGCUGAUUCAGAAGCGGGAGAAGAAUCUAGGAAGAAUUCAGAAAGCGCAGGUGAUUUCCGCUCUGGUGGUGGAAACGGCAACAGCAAUGGCGACAGUGGCGGUGUCAAAGGCGUUGGAUCAAGGGCGUUCACCGUUAGAAAUGGUAACGGUCUAGACGGUAGUGGAGAUCCCAGAGUCGAAGCAAAGGGCGGAGGCAGUAGUGCUGCUGCCGGCCAAUCGGGAAAUGGUGGAGAAAACGCUGAAUCACAUACUAUUAAUGGGGCAGGAAAGAUCAAAAUUGGUGAUCGAGAUAAAGGGGCAGAACCGGGAAAAGGAGGAAGCGAUAGUGGCAAUGAGGCAGAGCCAAGUGAACGAGUAGAACUGAAGAACAGUAGUAUAUCGCGAAAGAAAAAAGGAAAAGGCAGUCUCCGUACUGAAGACGAAGUGGACAGUGACGAUUCAUUACAUGAAAAGCGAAAAGGUAAUGAAACUGGAGGCAAAAGCUCAGGAAUCUUGGAUGGUAGCGAUAAGCCCAAAGGUGUCGACGGAAAGCCACGUCUUGAAGAGAUGAAGGGACAAAAUGGCCACAUCCGAAAGACUCUAGACAGACAAGCAGCGGCCACUGACGAUCCUUCUAAAGCCAUCAUUGAGCAAACAACUAAGAGAACCAUAGAAAGCUCCAAGCGCAAAUCAACUCUUCUUCACUCAAAACUGGGCGUCACAAACCCUUCUGAUAUCCUCACAACUAGUCGGUCAACUGAUGCGGCAAUUGUUAGCGUAGAAAGUACUACCACAAGGACAUCAACAAAUAGAACCGCGAAAAAGGAAUCGCAAAAGACUGAAGAUGACAGCAAAGUCGGAAAACUUUCGAAAGAAGCUCGUAAAGCUAACGGUGGCCUCUCAUCUACUACCUCUUCAGGAUUGAAGAGUGGAAAAACUGUUAGAUCGAAAGCCAGUCAUUCCAUGGAAAGAACAUUUUCAAACAUGACCACUAAUGUCCAUGGAAGAAAUGCCACAAAACCAAUGCACGAAUCUACGGAAAUGACUAUUCCUGGUUCUAAAACGGUAUCCAGCAGUAUCUCCACGAAUACAACACUGAAGGACUCAUCAGGUGGCGGUUUGGGUGCUCCCUCUGGAAACCCAUCGUCAACCAGUACUGCACCUGAAAACGAUAAAACUCUUAUUAAACAGCCGUCCACUCUCAGUGCUAUUCCUGUUGAUAAAAAAGCUGUCGGUGUUGCUGCUCCUCCUGCAAGAGCACGACUUGCUGCAGCUGCAGCGGCUGGUCAACAAGGAGGACCGAAACCUCCAUCAAAGAAGGCGGCUGAUCCCAAGGCAGUGAAGAAGGCGAUGAAACGGCUGAAGCGGAUGAAUUGCUUCCCAGCUGACGCGCUUGUCACAACCGUCACCGGGCGGAAACGAAUGGAUCAGUUAGCAGUCGUUUGGAAUGACCUGUCGCAUGCUUCGCUUUACAUUGCUUCUUGUUCACUGAGUCACCAGUUACUUUCUGUUUAUUGGAACGCUGUCGAAAAACUCCAAACUCUCUUUUUCAAUUUUAUGUGUUGGUACCGAGUGCAAGAAAUGUACUGA